AACGGCGGUGGAGGCGGUGGUCUCCGCCUUCAACAGCGUCUCACCAUUGCAGAGUUUCCCUGGCCACCGGAACCUACUGUGUGGACCAUACGAAUUUAUCAGCCAGCACCUGAAAGAUGUCAAAUUUCAAGAGGCAAAGAAAUUUCUAGAACAAGUCAAGAGCAGCUGGUUAUCGACCGUACAGGGUUACUCUUCUUGACGGAACAACUAAGCUCAAUGAGGGUUAUGGUAUUGUUGACGGCCGGUGGCGCGACUGCACUUAUGAAUCUCGACGAGGACGAAAAGGGUCAAUCGAGGGUUUUGCUGAAUUUCAAAAUACCAGCAGCCGUGGGC